AUGAGCAUACCGACCAAUUUCCCAGGCGCAGUGACAUCGCUUUAUACGGAAAAGCUCGACUUUAUCAAGGAGUAUGAAACCAUUCCCACUUACAGAGUUAUGGACAUUCAUGGUGCGGUCAUUGAUGAGGCACAUGAUCCAAAGCUCGACAGCGAAACUCUGCGCAAGAUGUACACCUGCAUGUUGACUCUCAACUCCAUGGAUGGUAUCAUGUAUGAAGCUCAACGUCAGGGCCGUGUGUCGUUCUACAUGACCAAUUAUGGAGAAGAAGCAACCCAUAUGGGAAGUGCUGCCGCUCUUACAAACGAUGACGUUGUAUAUGGCCAGUACCGUGAAGCGGGUGUUCUUCUUUAUCGAGGAUUCACUCUGGAUGAAUUUAUGAACCAAUGCUAUGCAAACGAACUUGAUUAUGGCAAGGGCCGUCAAAUGCCUGUUCAUUAUGGUACACCCAAAUACAAUUUUCAAACCAUCUCGUCACCACUUGGCACCCAGCUUCCUCAUGCUGCCGGAUCGGCGUAUGCACUUAAACUAGCGGGUAAAAAGGCGUGUGCCAUUUGUUAUUUUGGCGAAGGUGCAGCUUCUGAAGGUGAUUUUCAUGCUGCUCUGAACAUGGCUGCCACGACCGAAUCUCCUGUUAUUUAUUUGUGUAGAAACAACGGAUAUGCCAUUUCUACUCCUGCCAAGGAGCAAUAUCGUGGUGAUGGUAUUGCGAGUCGUGGCCAUGGAUAUGGUAUGGCUACUAUCCGCGUGGAUGGCAAUGAUAUCUUGGCUGUCUAUAAUGCUGUCAAGGAAGCUCGUCGUAUGGCAAUUGAAGAAGAGCGCCCCGUGUUGAUUGAGGCCAUGACGUAUCGUGUGGGACACCACAGUACUUCUGAUGAUUCGUCAGCAUACCGAUCUAAACAGGAAGUGGCUGAAUGGCAGCAAAACCACAGUCCAAUGGUUCGAUUCCGAAAGUAUCUUGAAGCGCGAUCACUCUGGAGCGAAGAAGAGGAACAAGCAUUUAAAAAGGAUAUACGAACCAAGAUUCUAAAGUCCUUUGCAGCAGCAGAGAAAGUGCGCAAGCCUCCUAUUGAGGAUCUGUUUACAGAUGUGUAUGAUGAGAUGCCACCUAAUCUGAUUGAGCAAAAGGCAGAACUGGACCGAAUCAUGAAAAAGUAUCCCGAGUUUUAUGACCAAAACCCACACGCACCUUCUCGCCAGUAA